AUGGUGAUGCGCAAGCACCAGCGCUACUUCCCCGUCUUCUCCCCCUCCGGCGCCCUCCUUCCCGCCUUUGUGACCGUCGCCAACGGCCCCAUCGACGCCGCGGCCGUCGCGGCGGGCAACGAGGCGGUGCUGCGGGCGCGGUUCGAGGACGCUUCCUUCUUCUACAAGGAGGACCUGCGGCAGCCCCUGGAGGAGUUCAGGCCCAAGCUCAAGGGCACCCUCUUCCAGAAAGACCUGGGCACCCUGCUGGACAAGUCUGACCGCGUCGUGUCCAUCACCGCCCCCCUGGCCGACGCCAUGGGCCUCGGCGCCGCUAAGGGCGUAGCUGUGGAGGCGGCGCGGCUGGCCAAGGCUGACCUGGCGACGUCAACGGUCAUGGAGAUGACGGCGCUGGCGGGCACCAUGGGCAGGCACUACGCUUUGAAGCAGGGGCUGCAGCCGGAGGUGGCGGAGGCCAUCUUUGAGGCGGCCCUGCCGCGCCAGGCGGGCGACAAGCUGCCGGCCAGCCCCGCGGGCAUUGUGGUGGCGGUGGCGGAUCGCCUUGACUCAUUGGUCGGGCUGGUGGCGGCGGUGGGGGCGCCCUCGGCCACGGCAGACCCCUACGGCCUGCGCCGCGCCGCCUACGGCAUGCUGCAGGCUCUGGUGUCGAACAACGUGCAGCUGAGCCUCUCCUCGGCGGUUUCGCUGGCAGCUGCCGCGCAGCCCGUGAAGGUGGACGCCAAGGCGCAGGCGGCGGUGCUGGACUUUGUGGGGCGGCGCCUGGAGCAGCUGCUGGUGGACGCUGGGGUUCCCGCUGAGGCCGGUGAGUCAUCAUGA